AUGUGGGGGGCUUACUCUGUUCAUUUCAUCGUUCACAAUAACUGUCCCUUCCCAAUUUGGCCGGGAGCUUUAACCGGCACCGGCAACCAACUAACAACCACUGGCUUCCAAUUACUCCCCGGAUCAACAACCACUGUAACGACUGCUCCCCCAUGGUCCGGCAGAUUCUGGGCUCGAACUCUCUGUUCCACAGAUCCAAAUGGAAAAUUCUCUUGCGCAACCGCCGAUUGCGGCAUUGGCCAAGUCGAGUGCAACGGCGCCGCCGCAAUUCCGCCAGCCAGUCUCGUUGAAUUCACGAUAGCGCCCAAUGGCGGCCAAGAUUUCUUCGACAUAAGCCUCGUCGACGGCUUCAAUUUUCCGGUUGGAGUGACGCCGAUUGGUGGCUCGGGUGAUUGCCAAACGAUACUCUGUUCAGGAGAUGUAAAUGUCGUCUGUCCACAGAAAUUAGCCGUUACAGCGGAAGAUGGCGCAGUGAUUGCUUGUAAAAGUGCUUGUAUGGCUUUUAAUAAGCCGAAAUAUUGCUGCAGUGGCGACCACAGUCGGCCGGAAACUUGCCAUCCGACCGACUAUUCAAGGAUUUUCAAGAAUCAGUGUCCGCAAGCUUAUAGUUACGCUUAUGAUGAUAAGACAAGCACUUUUACUUGCGUAGGUGGAGCUGAUUAUGCCAUUAUAUUUUGUCCUAAUUGAGAAAUAAAUGAGUUGAUAAAACAUAGGUCAAUUUAAAAAAAAAUAUCUAACUCUUAAUUUGAAAAUA